UGGUGCGAAACGCAGAAAGACUGCAAUCGACUGAAACUUAUGGAUAUACUGGUGAUGCCGAUGCAGAGGCUUACCAGAUAUUCGCUCCUGCUUAAAGCCGUCUAUAAAAACACCGAGAACGAGGAUCAACGCAUGGGAUUGACACACAUGAUCAAGUCCGUCGACGAUUUCGUGGCAUCCGUGAAUGCGGCGCUAAGAAGGAACGAUGAAGCUGCUCAGUUGGUCCAAGCGGCCUCGCGUCUGGAGUACUACGACGUCGUGGAUACCAAAGGGCUCGACGAGGAAGUGGAGAAACUGAUAAGGAUGUACAGCCAUCUAGAUAUUACUACAGUACCGAUGCCCGGUUGUCCAAAGGACA